UUGGAGCCAUUUGUUGUCAGACAGGAAAAGCUUAAAGUAACGACGGUUGAACCCGAAGGACGUGUGUGUGUGUGUGUGUGUGUGUGUGUGUGUGUGUGUGUGUGUGUUUGUGUGUGUGUGUGUGUGUGUGUGUGUGUGUUUACUAACCCGGAGGCAGCACACUGAGGACGAGGAGCAAACAUUUGAGGGACACUGAGCUGCACCGACCAUUAGACACACAGAGAGGUUUGGAGGAUGAGCGGAGACGGGAUGGAGGCGCAGGGGGGUGCAAGGAGGACGCUCCGGUUCCAGCGGCCGCACGCGUCAGUGCCCCAGUUCACCAACUCCCCAACCAUGAUCGUGAUGGUGGGACUCCCAGCCAGAGGGAAAACCUACAUCUCUAAGAAGCUCACCAGAUACCUGAACUGGAUCGGAGUGACCACUAAAGUGUUCAACGUCGGGCAGUACAGAAGAGAUGCCACACGUUCCUACAACAGCUUUGAGUUCUUCAGACCUGACAACACAGAGGCCAUGAAGAUACGCAAGGCGUGUGCCGUUGCUGCCCUGAAAGAUGUGUGUGACUACUUCACCAGAGAGCUGGGCCAGGUCGUGGUUUUUGAUGCCACCAACACCACUGCCGAGCGCAGAGAGAUCAUCCUCAGCUUUGCCAAAGAAAAUGGCUACAAGGUUUUCUUUGUGGAGUCUAUAUGUGACGAUCCAGAAAUCAUUGCUCAGAACAUUAAACAAGUAAAGCUGAGCAGUCCGGACUAUGUGGACUGUGACAAAGAGGAGGCCGUGGCCGACUUUCUGAAGAGGAUCAAAUGUUACAAGCUGACCUACGUCCCUCUGGACGACAACAGGGACAGGAACUUGUCGUACAUUAAGAUCUUUAACGUGGGCAGCAGGUACCUGGUGAACCGGGUCCAGGACCACAUCCAGAGUCGGAUUGUCUACUACCUGAUGAACAUCCAUGUCACCCCAAGAUCCAUCUUCUUGUGUCGCCACGGAGAGAGCGAGCUCAACCUCGUGGGUCGUAUCGGGGGAGACUCGGGGCUGUCACCUCGCGGGGCAAAGUUUGGCAGUUCUUUGGGCACCUACAUGCGUGGUCAGUGCAUCAGCGACCUGAAGGUUUGGACAAGCCACAUGAAGAGGACAAUCCAGACCGCCGAGGCUCUGGGAGUCCCGUACGAACAGUGGAAGGCCCUGAACGAGAUCGACGCUGGUGUCUGUGAGGACAUGACGUACGAGGAGAUUCAGAAGAAUUACCCAGAGGAGUUUGCACUGAGGGACCAGGACAAGUAUCGCUACCGCUACCCCAAAGGAGAGUCCUACGAGGACCUGGUCCAGCGUCUGGAGCCGGUCAUCAUGGAGUUGGAGCGACAGGAAAACGUUCUGGUCAUCUGUCACCAGGCGGUGAUGAGAUGUCUGCUCGCCUACUUCCUGGACAAAACUGCUCAUGAGCUGCCAUACCUGAAGUGUCCUCUGCAUACCGUCCUCAAACUCACACCGGUUGCCUACGGAUGUAAAGUGGAGUCUGUCUUCCUCAACAUCGAAGCUGUCAACACACACAGAGACAAACCUGUGAAAGAUACAGAUAGAUUUAUGACUUUGCCCGUUCUACAGCCGUCUGUCCCACAUUUCAUUACUCUGAUUAGGCUACAAAAACAGAGAUCCUGUGGUGAAGUUUACCGAGAACGUUGAUGUGGACAGAGAGCCGGAGGAGGCGUUGGAGACGGUCCCUGAACACAUCUAGAGGAAAAACGGCCAGCUUGUUUCAUGGAUCGCGUCCUUUUUUAAUUUAAGUAAUCAAAGUGUUCGUCGAGAUGUCUGAAACAGACAUUUCUUUUCCAUUGUAAAGCUCUUAAUGGAGCCAAAUGUCUGAGACACGAAGAAGACGAAUGAACUGCUGAACAAUGAACACAUGACCAGCGUCACUGUUUAUUCUUUCUUUCUUCAUCCCCUCGUUCUUCGGCACCUCCUCUCUUCUUCUUUAACUAGACCUGUCAGUCUGAGCCGUUUGCACUGUGUUAUCGUGUCUCCACAUUCACACAGAUACAUAAUGAAAUCAUAAUCAGAGACAAUCUAGUCUCCAGUGCUGUGGAGGAAUGUCUGACUGCACCACAGAUGCAUUCUGGGAUAGGAAAAACCUUCUGAGUUGUUUACAUUUCUUUAAACCAAUCACAAUGAUCUUGGGCGGCGCUAAGCUCCGGACACAGCGACGGUGACUAAAUAGUCUCGGGAAGGAUGUUAAAUGAAGUUAACUGUCAGUCCCUAAAACCUCCCAGCUAGAGAGGAAAUGCCCUAUACAUAUUCUUUUUAAAUCUUUACAAUCAACAUUAGAUCCUAAUUGAUGCAACCCUAACCCAUAAUCAAGGAGAAUCCCAAUGUUUGGUACAGGGUUCGUACACCUUUUCCAAGGUCAAAUUCAAGCACUUUUCAAGCACUUUCAAGGUCCAUUUAAAAAAAAAUUCCAGCACCUUACACCACCGUAAAUUACAUACCAAUACAAAGUCAAAACUAUUAUUUAGUGUUUUUAUCACAUUUAAAGAGAUAAUGCUAUAAACAGCCCAAAUUGUGUUUCGUAAUAGCAGAAGGAUCAGAUAUUUAAGUUAAACACAAGUUUUAUUUUUCAAAAUGUAUCGCUGUCUAAGUAGACUUUGCUUGCUAUCUAACCUGCCUGAGUCAAUGUAAAAACUGAGCACUGAGUGGGAGGAUUUGAGCCAAAUGUCAUGCAGCUAGGUCAUUCUGUGUCAAAUCAGACAAAAUCCAGGAAAACCGUUGCUGCACCCUCUUAAAUUUUGCUCAAAGUUUAUGCUACCCUUAAUGUCAGUCUUUUCACACUUUUUUCAGAAUCUAGGGCAUGCCGUACAAACUUGUAAUGGUUCAGUCAUAUUGACAUGUUUGUCUUCCACCCUACAAAGUUUGGGCUGCCUGUCUCUCUCUCUAACCUGAAUAAUACUUUUCAUUAUAUUAAUGUCCAAAUACUGCUUCCCAGAUAAUGUGAUUUUCAGGCUGUAAAACUGAAGUAAUUUCAAGGCCUGAAAAUAUGAAGACAUAGGAUUUGAACAGAAAUAUUUUACAGGCCUUGGUUUUGGGACACAUUCUUGAUAUAGAUAAGGUUUGAAUAAAAUCUAAGACAGUGCAACAACAACCUGUAAUUCCAUUUUAACCCAGAAGACUGACUGUGCACAGGCACCUGCCUGAUAAAUAGGCAAAGUACUCUGUCACUUAGCCUGCGAAUUCCUAGCUAGAAGUUACUACCAUAAACAAAUAGGCGCUAACGUUCGGCUCAAACUGAAAAGUCCGAAAGUCCGGACCAAACGAGGUAGGUGUAAAAGCUCCCUAAGAGAAUGAACAAAGGAACUAGAAAGCAGAAGGUACUUAUGUACUUCUGUUGCUGGUUGGGAUAGAACUGAAAGGCCAAAGAGAGGUUGGGGCUGAUUUAAAUCAGCUCUGUGGUUAUCAAAGAGGAACAAACAACUCAAGGUGUGAGCAGCGUGCAUCUUAACAUUCUGUCUAGACAUUCGUUUAAAAGAAGAAACUGCAGAUUCAGAGGAACGACAAAGCAAAAGUAUAACAGAAUAGAGAUUUUCCAUUACAGUGACGAUGCUCUAUAAGACUGGAGGGAAUCAUUUAUAAAAACACUCAUUCACUUUAUCGCCCUGAGUGAGAGAAUAAGAUUGAAAACUCUCACGUCUGUACGCCAUACAUGAAGCUGCAGCAAGGACAUGCUAAGGUUGGCUUAGCAUAAAGCCUGGAAACAAAGUUAGUCUGGCUCCUACUGAAGUAUCAGUCUUCCUAUUAGCUGCUCUGACGCUCAACAACUAAUACGUUAUAUCUGGUUAGUUAAAUUACAUUUAAUCACAAAAUCCAAAGUGUCUUUUAGAUAAGACAGAAGUGGAGAAAGUUUUCAUUUGGGGACAGAAUUUGAAGUUGAAAAAAAGGUCUUAAAUUGCAAUAUAUCGGAGAUUGUCACAUGUUUAAUAUCACAAUAAUAGAUCUCUGGGAAUUUCCAGCCCAGAUGUUCAGUGUGUUUAAACAUCUGUCUGUUUAAAGAUAAACGAGAUCUGCUGCAUAGUGUUGGUGAUUUUAAAAGGGUUUACUUCAGUGGAGAUGUCGAAUCGCAAAGCGAGUUCAACUCUAAACCGGUUUGAUGAACCCGAGUGCUGUCUCUGAUCUGGCUAACCCUAACCCCAGAGUCUUCUCUAAAGAAUGAAAAGCUAACCCUAACCCCAGAGUCUUCUCUAAA